AUGAUAUCUGCUUUACUUUGGGUUCGUAAAGGUGCAACUGCUGAGAAACCUGAGAAAUAUGAGCUAGACGAUAAAGAGUAUGACCGAAUAAGCAAAUUAACUGCAGCACAACUAGAAAUCUCAAAAAGCGAAUUGGAAAGUCAUGAAGCCGAAACGAUUAAUGUGAAAAGUGAUCCGGAAUUGGAAAGUCAUGAAGUCAAAAUGACUGAUGUAAAAAGUGACCCAGAAUUGGAAAGUCAUGAAGUUAAAAUGGUUGAUGAGAAUAGUGAUCCGGAAUUAUUGGAAUACAAUUUAGAGCAAUACGAUGAGGAGGAUGAAGAAGAAGAAGGACAAC